AUGAAUCCUAACGAACCAGCCUAUCGGGACAGUGGCACGUUGUCGAAUCUCAUAAGUGCUAACAUCACCGCUUUCACAAACGACAGUGAAGUGACCCAAAGGAACCUAUUCGACCUUUACGAAGUGUACAGGAACAAGGAGAGGGAGCAACUAAGCGCGUACAGAUCCGUCGCUUACGUGUUCGGCGCCGUGAUAUUUCUCAGCAACCUGACCGUUGUUGUAUCUAGCGGUCUCAUACUAAAAAAAGGACAACAACCAAAAAGCACAUACCUCCUGCUGGGCAAUGUCUCUCUCGCCGACACAAUCAUCGGGAUAUCCAUAAUAUUUGGGGCGAGCGUGGAGAACUCGUCCAGUUCAAAUCCGUUAUGCAUUUUUCAAAUAGGGAUGCUGGUUUGCCCAGCGAUGGUGUCGAUAUUCAGUGUCGGCAUGAUCGCCGUGGACCGGUACAUCUUCAUAUUGCACGGGCUCUAUUAUCAGAGAUGGUGCAGCACAACCAAAGUUAGGAUAAGCAUCGUGUGCAUAUGGAUGAUCGGUGUCACUCUCGGAUUCAUGCCAGCCACCGGAUGGAUAAACAAGGAGCUUGUUAAAUCCAAGUGCGCCUACGUCUCCCUUUUCCCGGGGAUCCUUAUCCUAAUCAAUUCCCUCCUUAGCAUAGUUCCGAUUAUACUGGUCGCUGUUCUGUACUCGAUCAUUCUCGUGAAGGCGUUGAAGAACGUCGACCAGAUCAAUACGACGAUGAAAACUGUUAGGGUUAGAUCGUCCGACAAUACCCCCGAAAUGAGGAUAUACCGCGGUCACGGUAAAGCAACUGCCCACUCCGUCAAAUGCGCACCGAAGGCCCAUAAGAGUGUAAUAAAGAGGAGCGCAUCGUUUGAAGUAAUUGACAUACGUAAACCGUCUCUAUUAAAGCAUCUAAAAGACAAGUCGAGGAGCAUAGAAAAUCUCAGUAACGGUCAGAAUGAAGAGUUAAACAAAUUCACCGCUGUACCUGUAAAUAGAAAUACGUCCAACGUUAGCAUUUUCACAAUCAGUACCCCGUCCACGCUGAACGGGCCGCUGACCGAUGAUCGUCAUCCGCCGAACAAAAUCGCCAAAGCACUAACAAACUGCAAAAUCCGUCAUAGAGAACGGAUCAAAGAGCCGAACAAGUGGAGGGCGAUCAUAAUAGUUAUGUUGACAACGGGCAGUUUCAUAUUCACUUGGAUCCCAUUCUUCAUAACGGUCAUAUUCUUUGUGUUCUGCGAGGACAAACUGGUGAACCCGGAAUGCAUCGACCUGAGAAUACUGCUGCGUGGUCCGAUUGGCGCUUUGGCAUUCUGCAACAGCAUUUUAAACCCUCUGAUAUAUGCCUGGUGGCACAAAGGAUUCCAGCGGACAGCAAAGAUGUACUUCCAUAAAUAUAUCAAGAGAAUGUUCACGGAAACCUACCAC